AAUUAAUGCCCAAUAGAAUAAUCAAUUAUCCUUUUUUAUUAUUUUUCAACCAAGAAAAUCUAAACUAUGAAUGAAAACAAAGAUAAAGAUGAUGAUGAUUAUGAUAUAUCGGAUGAAUACGAGAAUUCUGAAGAUGAUGAGCAAACAUUGAUCGAGGAAGAAAAUUUAGAGACUGAAAAUCCAAUAGAAAAUGAACUUUCUGACCUAGCUAAUGAAGCUGAGCUACCAAUUGAACAAUUGUUAGCCAAAUAUGGAUACAUGAAUAAUAAUAAUAAUAUUGAACACAAUUCUUUUGGUAAACUUGAGGAAACAGAUGAUAGUUAUAAUACAACUUCAUCUGAAGAUGAAAGCUCUUUUUCCAAACAAAUUUCUAAACAAUAUGAAAAAAAGGCUGAAAAUUCACCACAAUAUGUUAAACGAAAACAUGAAGACUCACCUGAAAAAUCAAUAGAAGCUAUAGAUAUGAAGAGAAAUAAGAAAACAACCUUGCAGAAUCAACCAGAUAUCAUAAACCAAAUUGUGAAUCAUAAGGUCGAAAUGGUGGAAAAACCUUUUAAAGGUUCUCCUCCUAAAUCUCCCACUCGACCAACUUCCGUUACCAACAAUAAUAAAUCCUCUUACACUAAAUAUCUAUUGCUAAAUCCCGAAAAAAACCAAAUUACUAAUAAUCAUUCUGAUAAUAUCACCAUUAAAGAAGAUGAUGGCAAGGAAAGUUCUAGUGAUGAAGAUUAUGUGCCAAUAGAAUAUUGGAAAAAGCAAAUUCAAGUGGGCAAAGAGUAUCAGGCCGAUCUAAAUGUCUUAGGUGAUGACACCGUUGAACGAUUGGAACACCAAGCUGAUCUCCUAUGGGAUCCCAAAAAUAUACCCGAAAAUAAAGUUAAAACAUUUUUGAGAGAUGUCAAUUGCUACCUCGUUCAGGCCCAGAAAUGUUCUACCCUGACAAAUCCAAAAAUACCGAUCAUCGAGAGGACGAAAUCAAAGAAUGCGACAACCAAUCAAGCUGAAGUAGAUGAAGGCCUCCUCACCCACUCCAAUCUCCCAAAAUCGUGCACCGUUCACGAUAAUGCUAAUGCCCUAAAAAUUUUGAUGAAAUGCAUGUAUGACUCUGAAAGCGCUUUACGCGAGAUUAAACACGAUUCAUCUGAUCUCAAUGAAAAAUCCAGGGAAUGGAAUGAAGAUGAUUGCCUCAAGUUUGAGGAAGGUUUACAAAUGUUCAGCAAAGACUUUUACAAGAUCCAACAAAAUAAUUUACCCCAUAAAAAUGUGAAUGAAUUGGUGGAUUUUUAUUAUUUUUGGAAAAAGUCUGAAAGGCACGACUCCUUCGCCGCUAUUUACAGAGGGGAUAAAAAGAAAUACACAUUCAACCCGAACACCACUGAUUACAUGGACAAAUUAGUGGAUGACACUGUGAAGGGUUCCAAUGAACUAAUCGAUAGCCAAUCAAUAAAUAAUGAAAAAGAUACUUUAAUUACUCCACUUCACCAUAAAGCAUUAAACAAUUGUUCCAAUGUUAUAGAUUCUCACGAUUUUCAGGGCGAAAAUGAAGGCAAUCAGUAAAUUGCCUAUUACUCAAAAGACAAAUAUAAUUUUUCCACGAUAUUUUUAGUUAUAUAAUAUAGAAAGAUAAAUUUUACUUUUUUUGUAAAUUUACAUAUUUUUUUGUUUUAUACGACAUUAUUAUCAUGGAUGCUCUAUUUAUAUGUACGCGUGGUUUUUCUAUUACUUUAUGAACGAUUUUUAUAAUAAUGAUUUUUACUUUAAAAAAUAUUAUAUUAUGUAAAUUUUAAAUAUUUG